AUGAAAUCACUCACCUCUUUUGCCUCCACUCUGCACAGGGGCUGCUCCCAGUCAGCCGCGCUCCGCCAUGUCCGCUGCCCUCACCAGGUGUCCAUUGCCGUCUGCCGUCACGCUCCCCGUCGACACCACUUCACCAAGCACGCCUGGCCAAUAGCCAAAAACACGACGACUACCACCACGGCCGCGUUCGGCCCCACCACGGACACGUCAGCGGCGCCUGAGCCCGGCAGGACCAAGCACAUCAAGACGAGCAGCCCCGUCAUGGAGGACGACGGCAGACCCGUCGCCGGCUGCGGCUGCGGCCGUCGCACCCCCGCCGGCCCCGCCGAGCCCAAGACCGUCACGGCCUACAUUGCCCUCGGCAGCAACCUCGGCGACCGGGUCGGCUGGAUCGAAAAGGCCUGCCGUGAGAUGGAUGACCGCGGUGUCCGCGUGACGAGGACCAGCAGCCUGUGGGAGACGGAGCCCAUGUACGUCCUAGAGCAAGAUAGAUUCGUCAAUGGAGCAUGUGAGGUCGAGACAAAGUUGGAGCCCCUCGCCCUGCUGGACGUACUGCAGGAUAUCGAGAGGACGCUGGGUCGACAAAAGUUCAUCGACAAGGGGCCCCGGAACAUCGACCUCGACAUUCUUCUGUACGGUGAUGAGACGAUCAGUCAUGACCGUCUCACCGUCCCUCACGUCGGCAUUCCCGAAAGGGAGUUUGUGCUGCGACCACUUGCCGAACUCAUCCCCGCCAAACCGCUCUACGCCUCAAACCCCUGGAAGCUCACCCAGGACUACCUCAAUGAGCUCACCCCCUCUCAUCCGCCUCUUUCCCCCCUGACGCCCCUCGCGCCGGCGCCGGCGCCCUUCAUCACGGCCCUCACGCCGACCCGCAAAACACAUGUCAUGGCCAUCGUCAACAUCACCCCCGACUCUUUCUCAGACGGCGGCGUUCACACCUCGACAUCCCUGCCGGACACUCUCCUUGCCGCUCACGCCGCCGGUGCCACCAUGAUCGACAUUGGCGGCCAGUCCUCAGCCCCGGGUCGCCCCGACGUGUCGGCCGAGGAGGAGAUCGCGCGCGUCGUUCCGGCCAUCCGUCUCGUCCGCUCCAUCCCUGAGCUCGCCCACCUCCCCAUCAGCAUCGAUACGUACCGCGCCCCCGUCGCCGAGGCUGCCCUCGCUGCAGGCGCCGACUUUGUCAACGACAUAUCCGCCGGCCAGCUAGACCGUGACAUGCUGCCCCUCGUCGCUCGCGCUGGCGCCACCGUCUGCCUCAUGCACAUGCGCGGCACCCCACAGACCAUGUCUUCUCUGAACGACUACCCCGACGGCCUCAUCCCCACCGUCGCCCGCGAGCUCCUUGAGCGCGUCGCCGAGGCCGAGGCCGCUGGUAUCCGCCGCUGGCGCAUUGUGCUCGACCCCGGCCUCGGCUUCGCCAAGGUGGGCGAGCAGAACCUCGAGCUCCUGAGCCGACUGCCCGAGCUGCGGGCCUGGCCCGGCCUCGAGGGCUUUCCCUGGCUCAUCGGCUCUAGCCGCAAGAGCUUCAUCGGCCGCGUCACUGGCGUCCCUAAGGCCGAAGAGCGCAUCUGGGGCACUGCCGCCACCGUCGCCGCGGCCGUCUCUGGCGGCGCCGACGUCGUGCGGGUUCAUGACGCUGUCGAGAUGUGCCAGGUCGUAAGAAUGUCGGAUGCUAUCUUUCGAAGGAGAUGA